AUGGAGACCAGUAGCAUUCCCUUUCUUUUCUACUCCAAAGUGGGAACUCAUGCUGUCAACUCAAAAAAAGAGCCAGACGCCAAUGGGCCGGUCCAUCGCUCUAGUUCUCUUUCAUCCAUUAGGAAGAACCGGGGCCGCAUCGGAGCUACGGUCCCACGGCCAUGGCGGCUACUCUACUCAUCACCGUUCUAG